AUGGAAAAACACGAAAUAAACAAAAAUGAUGAGAUGAAUUCAUUGUCUUCUGAUUCAAGUAUAUCCGAUGAUGGAAGAGCAACAAUUGAGUAUGUUCUAGACCAUGGAUCACCUCCAGAAGCAUUAACGCCAUCCGAGGAUCGAUUAGUUGUUAUAAAUGCAGAUUCUCAAAUACCAUCAUCCAGUAGUAGUGUGCCAAAUUCAUGGAUUUCACGCAUAAAAUCGUGAGUUUUCAUUGAUGAGUUUUAUUAAUAAAUAAUGGAUAAAUUCAGAGCCGGAGCAAAUAUGAUGGAAUCAAUGUCUCAGAAAAAGGAGAAAAAGCACAAUUGGAAAACAAAAUUCUGGUCGACAUGGAACAAUAUAAAAUAUUCAAGUACUUGGAUGUCUGAUCGAACAGACGAAUAUGGCGGAAAAAAUGAAGUAUGGUUACUUGGCCGAAUAUAUUAUACUGAUGAUAAUUUUGGUUUCAAUGAAUUCUGCUCGGAUUAUUAUUCUAGAAUAUGGAUAACAUAUCGAACCAAUUUCUUACCGCUGCUGGACAGCGAAACAACAUCUGAUUGUGGAUGGGGUUGUAUGAUUAGAACAACACAAAUGAUGAUUGCUCAAUGUAUUAUUGUAAAUCGUCUUGGGAGAGAUUGGAGAUUUACUAGACGGAAAAAAUCUGUUGCUCUAAUAACACCACCAGAUUCUACUAUUGAAGAAGAAGAACCAAUUGAUCGAUUGAAAAUGUUUGAAUUAAUGAUUCUUAAAUUAUUCGAAGAUAAACCAUCCUCUCCACUUGGAAUUCAUCAAAUGGUUAAAAUAGCAUCGGAACAAAAAGGAAAACAAGCAGUUGGUUGUUGGUAUACUCCAAGUGAAGCUGUACAUAUUAUGAAAACUGCAUUAUCUAUUUCAACAAGCCCUUUAACUGGUGAUAUUUCGAUGUUUUUAUCAAUGGAUGGAAAAGUUCAUAUUGGAGAUAUUGAAAGGGAAACCAAAAAUUGGACGAAAACGUUGAUUCUUGUGAUUGUAUUGAGAUUGGGAGCUUCGGAAUUGAAUCCGAUUUAUGUGGCGCAUCUUCGAAGAUUGUUUAGUUUGUCGAGUUUUUUGGGAAUUACUGGUGGAAAACCGGAUCAUUCUUGUUGGUUUAUUGGAUAUUAUGGAGAUGUGAGUUGGUACUUCUUAGUUGACAAAUACACUGCUCCACAAAAGUAUAGCCUCACCCACAAAAUUUUCAAAAAAUCGAAAAAAAUAAAGUUUUCAGAAAAUGUUGUUUUUGAAAAAUAUGGGAAAAUGGGACACUAAUUUAUCCCAGAAAUCAAAUUUUGGGUUGAUAAGUCACGGAAAGAAUGUUUUUGAAUUUUUCAAAAAAUUGAAAAUUUCCAAUCCACAAAAGUAUAGCCUCACUUUAGAAAAUCGCUCUGGAAAUCGGUUUUUGGGUUAGAUAACUUCAGUUAUUGUUGAGAAAUAGGUAGAAUAACUCAUUUUAAGUUGAUUCUAAUAUAUUCAAAAUUAUUGGAAUCAAGUUGAAUCAAGUUAUUUUUUUCGAUUUUUUGAAAAUUUUAAGGGUGAGGCUAUACUUCUGUGGAGCAGUGUAUGUUAAUAUUUUAAGCUAGACGAAUUUUUAAUUUUUUUUUCAAAUUUAAUCAGUCUUUUUAUUUUCACGAAAUUCUUUCUCAAUCUCACCUAAAAAUGCUAAUAAAUGCAACAAAACACUGAAAAAACUUCUAUGAUUUUAUUAAAUCUUGAAAAAAUAUAAAUUCAAAUUGUGAUGAUAAACCUAUUUUCAAAUUGAAACUUGAACAAUCCUUCUCUCAACUUUCACACAAUGAGAAUCUUUUUCAAAAUUCACCCGAAAAUUCCAGAAAAAUCGUAACUGAAAAAUCGUAAAAGUUCUCAGCAUAAUUAGAAAAUCCAAAAAAAAAAUAUUUCAAUUUUUGUAGCAAGUAAUCUAUUUGGAUCCUCACGUUGCUCACAAUUAUGUUCCAUUCGAAAACGAUUUUCAACAACAAGUUCCCCAAAAACCCGUCGAAAAAUCGUAUCAUUGUAAACUUUUGUCAAAAAUGCAUUUUCUUGAUAUGGAUCCAAGUUGUGCUGUUUGUUUUCGAUUUGAAGAUGCAAAACAAUUUCAGUCGGAUAUGAAAAUUCUCAAUAUGGUGAGCACCUAUUUUUCCUCAUUUUUAAAAAUUUUCAAUCAAUUUUUUGCAGGAGCAAUUUAUUGAUAUUGAUUUGGGCGAAAAUGAGGGAAUGAAACGAGUUAGAGAUCCAAUGUUUAGUGUGGUUUAUGGCGAGAGACGCAGAGAAGAACUGAAUUAUGAUUGUGAUGAUUUCGUCAGUGAACAAGAAAGAGAACAGGCAAAAGAGCAAGGUUUCGAGAUUUUGUAA